CUCUCCAAUUCGGGCCUUCAUACGAAUUUGAGGUGACAUUUUAGACAGUAUGAGCGUAGUAGAAGCGCUAUAUAUCUUUGACGAGCACAACAUACCACUCCUCGAACACACCUAUACCGGCCGACCGCCGCCUGGCAGCACCAUCCUCCCACUCUAUCUCCAGCACCCUUCUCCACAGCCGUCGCUAAUAUAUCUCCCAAACACAACCCCGCCGACACUUCUCUACUCGAUAAUUCAGGAUCGGCUGCUCUAUCUCUCCCCAUGCUCGACCGACACGGAGCCACUUCAGGUUCUGGAAUUCCUCCACCGGGUUGCUGAUGCGCUGGAAGACUUCCUCGGCUCGCCCCUGCUAGCGAGUAAGAUUGAGGGUAAUUACGAUGUGGUUGCGCAGUUGCUGAGUGAGAUGGUGGAUGGAGGGGUCAUAAAUUGCACGGAACCGAAUGCUCUGAGGGAUGUUGUUGAGGCGCCGAGUUUCAUGAAGAGUAUACUGGGAGGUGUGGGGCUGCCUAGCACAACGCCCUCCCCCCUCAAUCCCUCAAACACCACCUUCUCCCUCUCAUCACGCCCCUCCCUCCCCCGCCCAAUUGCAAACCUCAACAACGCAUCCCCUGUCCCUUGGCGCCGCGCAAACGUCCGCCACACGAGCAACGAACUCUACGUCGAUAUCGUCGAAACGCUACACAUAACGCUUUCCCCCUCCGGCCGACCCCUCUCCGCCCUCUCACACGGCACCAUCGCCUUCACGGCAAAAGUAUCCGGAGUCCCUGACCUCCUCCUACAUCUAAGCUGUCCCGGCGGCAUCGCCAACACAGUUGCGCUCCCAGUUUUCCACCCCUGCGUUAGAUUAAACAGAUGGAAAGAGCGGCCCGGUGAAUUAUCAUUCGUACCACCAGAUGGCCGCUUUGUGCUCGCAGGCUACGAAGUCGAUCUCCUCGGAUCCUCGGCUCUGGAUGCGUUCUCCACAGCCACGAAAGGGGCUGCAGGUCCGAGACUCAAUGUCCCUGCAACGGCAACCGUGAUCCCAUCUCUCGGCCCCACGGGCGCGGACUUCGAAGUCAGAUUAACGCUAAACCCGCGGUUUAUGGGGAAAGCAAAAGCACCUUCCCCGCUGCCAUCCGCGACAGGCUCCUCGUUCCCGCGGACAGGGGGGUUAGGUAGAGGGAUAGGUGGCAGUGCGGGAUUCGGAUCGCAGGGCACGACGGCGUCGCCGAGUAUCGAGGAGUUGGUCGUGCAUGUUCCGCUGCCGGUGGGUGUGAGGAAUGUCGCGGAAUUGAGGGUUACGAAGGGGCCUGGGGAUGCGGGUUAUACGGCUGGCGAUCGGUGUAUUGAGUGGAGGAUUAGUGCGAGGGAGGUUGGUAUGUUAAUGGCCGGUGACCGGGGGACGGGGCUGGGGGCUGUUGCUUCGAUGCGGGGUACUGUGGUUAGUGCGGGCGUGGACGAGGAUGGGGAUGGUGGGGGUAGUGGUGGUGCUGGGGAACUGUCCAAUCCGUAUGACUAUGAUGAUGAUACUGCGUCUUCGUAUCAAGCGCCGGAAGUUUCGCCACCCAAAAAGGAGGGACCAGAGGCUGAUGCAAGGAGGGUGAGACAGAACAAGGUUCUGAUGCCGUCAUGCGCGACGGUGAGCUUUUCGGUCAAGGGCUGGCUGGCGAGUGGGAUUCGGGUGGAGAGUUUGAUGGUAGAUCAGAAGAAGAGCAAAGGGCUAGGCGCGGGCGUGACGCCGUAUAAGGGUGUCAAGUAUCUGUGUGUCAGUAGGAAGGGCGUGGAGAGUCGAUGUUAGAAGGCUUGUGAGUGGAGAGUCGACGUUAGAAGGCUUGUGAGUGGAGAGUCGAUGUUAGAAGGCUUGGGAGUAGGGAGGACGUUAGAAGGCUUGGGAGUGGAGAGUCGACGUUAGAACGCUUGUGAGGUCUGGAUACUGCCGUAGGUGCAUUGCAUGGUGCUGUGGGUCUUGGGGUUAUGAUACUGAUGGCAUGAGGCGCAUCAAUGGAAGGCAGAUUCGGAAAUCCUGUUUGGGACCGCCAGCUCCAGACGAGAGCAAGACGACUUCACGAAGAAAAGUGACGGCGGACAUGAAUCGAAAUGCAAUCCGACUUCCCGAUGCUCAAUUGGCUUGGUUGGCUUGGCUGGCUUGG